AUGACACGCAAACCAUGUUUCGUUUUUAAUUGUAAAUCUUCUUAUAACAAAGAAAAUGAAAGUCUUGCGUUUUUCCAUCCACCGAAGUUGUGUCUAAAUUCCUGGCAGGAAAUUAUUAAAAAGCCAGGACUCACUUGCCAGUCCAGAAUUUGCAGUAUUCAUUUUGAAGAGAACGACAUACUCAAAGGGAGAGAAAUUCAAGGCGUGUUUUACAGUUAUCCGAAAUGGAAAUUAAAAUCAGGUGCUCGGCCCAGUAAAUUGCUAGGAAAUGAUGUCAGCGUACUCGAAAGACCUGCUGCAAAGAAGUAUGUUCACAGUGAUAGGUUUAAGUCACCAUAUCGAAAUAUAACAGCAAAGUCUAAAGCUGCUAAUCCUAAGCUGCAGUUGGACAAUCAAUCAUUUUUGUCGAAUAACAACACCAAUGUAUUGAUCCCAUCACAUGCAAAGAAGUCAACGUCAAAUAGCAUAGCUAUACACCAACUUGACGCUGAAAAAGGAAAAGUAAAUGAUAUGGAAGCAGCUGAACCUGUGGCAUUACCAUGUGUAACAACAGAAGACAUGUUCCAGGAACCUACUACUGAAACACUCCUACACAUUCCACCUGAAAAAGAACUACAAUCUGAAUCUGAAUCUCAAUUGAGAGUAGAAUUUGAACCAAACGAUAUAGAAGCAGCUGAACCUGUGGCAUUACCAUGUGUAACAACAGAAGACAUGUUCCAGGAACCUACUUCUGAUACACUCCUACACAUUCCACCUGAAAAAGAACUACAAUCUGAAUCUGAAUCUCAAUUGAGAGUAGAAUUUGAACCAAACGAAAUUUCAAGAUGGCAAAACUUGCUUAAUUUUUUUUUCUAAAUGUAAAUUGUAUGU